AGGGGUUGUUGUUCCACGGUCCAGGAGAACCGGUCCGGGAGAGAGGAAGGUGGCAAGAUGGUGUUGGAAAGCACUAUGGUUUGCGUGGACAACAGUGAGUACAUGAGGAACGGGGACUUCUUACCCACGCGGCUGCAGGCCCAGCAGGACGCCGUCAACAUAGUGUGUCACUCCAAGACCCGCAGCAACCCGGAGAACAACGUGGGCCUCAUCACACUGGCCAAUGACUGUGAGGUGCUGACCACACUCACCCCUGACACCGGCCGCAUCCUGUCCAAGCUCCACACUGUCCAGCCCAAGGGCAAGAUCACCUUCUGCACCGGCAUCCGCGUGGCCCACCUGGCGCUGAAGCACCGACAGGGCAAGAACCACAAGAUGCGCAUCAUCGCCUUUGUGGGGAGCCCCGUGGAGGACCACGAGAAGGAUCUGGUGAAACUGGCUAAACGCCUCAAGAAGGAGAAAGUAAAUGUUGACAUUAUCAAUUUUGGGGAAGAGGAGGUGAACACAGAAAAGCUGACGGCCUUUGUGAACACCUUGAAUGGCAAAGAUGGAACCGGCUCUCAUCUGGUGACAGUGCCUCCUGGGCCCAGCCUGGCCGACGCCCUCAUCAGCUCUCCAAUUCUGGCUGGGGAAGGGGGUGCCAUGCUGGGUCUUGGUGCCAGUGACUUUGAGUUUGGAGUGGAUCCCAGCGCUGAUCCUGAGCUGGCCCUGGCCCUUCGCGUUUCCAUGGAAGAGCAGCGGCAGCGGCAGGAGGAGGAGGCACGGCGGGCAGCUGCGGCGUCUGCCGCGGAGGCCGGGAUUGCUGCGACUGGCACUGAAGACUCAGAUGACGCCCUGCUAAAGAUGACCAUCAGCCAGCAGGAGUUUGGCCGGCCCGGGCUCCCGGACCUAAGCAGUAUGACUGAGGAGGAGCAGAUUGCGUAUGCCAUGCAGAUGUCUCUCCAGGGUGCUGAGUUCGGCCAGGCGGACUCAGCUGACAUUGACGCCAGUUCAGCCAUGGACACAUCCGAGCCCGCCAAGGAGGAGGAUGAUUAUGACGUGAUGCAGGACCCCGAAUUCCUUCAGAGUGUCCUGGAGAACCUUCCAGGUGUGGACCCCAACAAUGAGGCCAUUCGAAAUGCCAUGGGCUCCCUGGCGUCCCAGGCCACCAAGGAUGGCAAGAAGGACAAGAAGGAGGAGGAGAAGAAAUGAGACUGGAGGGCAAGAAUAGCUGAGCCUGCUCAGGGCUGCCCUGGUGGGCGGGACACAAGGCUAGAUAGGUUGGUUAUCUGUACCAUUUAAGCUAAAUAAAGCUGUCAACUUUU